AUGCCGCUGCUGAUUGCUGGACGCACUUCCCUCCGGCUCGUCGCCCGCCUGGGGCUCUCCAAUUUUCAGCUACUGCAGGGCCUCUUGGCCGUCGUGUUUUUGCUCCAUGCAGCUGAUGGAGCCAUGCUUCCCGGCAUUUUCAAGGCACUGGAGGAGGGACUGCAAGACGCAACCCCGGUGUCGCUGGGCGGCAUCGUUUUCAUUGAAGCUCUUUGCCAUAGCUUCGCUGUCCUUGUAUGGGGCGUCCUGGCCGACAGACACUGCAAAUUAACGCUGCUGAUGUAUGCGACGUUGUCGUGGGGCUUGGUCACUGCAGCGACAUCUUUCGUGACCAGUGUCAGUGUGCUCUGCGUGGUGCGGGCGUUGGCAGGCAUCACCGGGGCCGCCAUUGGCCCACUGUCGCAAGGUCUGAUUGGCGCUGUUUGCCCGCCACCGGACCGAGGCCGGGCUUUCGGUUGGCUCAUUGCUUGCGGUCAAAGCGGCUUCAUGCUUGGCGUGUUGCUGGCUGGCGCCACAAGCCACUUGAAGGUAAUUCACGGCUGGAGGGGCACUUUCCUCAUCUUCGGUUUGCUCACGCUUCUACUGACGUGGAUUCUCUCCAUGGCCAGAUUGGAGGUAGCGCGAGGGCUCUUCCAAGAGUCUCGCACGUGGGCCCAGCUGAGUGCAGCGAAGAAGCAGGGCACCCCUUCCGGACAGCCGCUGCAUGAUAUCUGGAAGGACUUCCUGUUCAUGCUUCGGCGCUCAUCCUUUUGGGUGCUGAUUGUGCAGGGCGCCUUCGCCAGCACCACAGUGAAGGCAAUGCAGUACCAGAUCAUGUGGUACCAGUAUUUGGGCUUUAGCGACCUGGUGGCCUCCAGUAUCGCAUGUGCCGCCCCGUUUGGGAGCAUCUUCGGGUCGAUCACUGGUGGCUUUAUUUCCGACUGGAUGGCCAAGCACUACCCAAGGCAUGGCCGCAUCACAUAUGGACAGCUGACUGACUUCAUCAAGACAAUUGUCCUUCUCUACACAUUCGUUCUCAGCGACACGCCCAGGCCAGAUGCUCCAAACAUCUUUGUCACAAGGACAAUCUUGAGCUUCUUGUUCGGCUUCUUUUCGAUCAUGGCCUAUUCCGCAGUGGUGAAGCCGCUGUUCGCGGAAAUCGUCCCGGCACAGAUGAUUGCGCAGGUCAUUGCUCUUGCCGCGGCGAUCGACGGCGGGUUCGCAUCAAUAGCCAGCACACCAGUGGUGGGCUUCAUCACUCAGCACUUUUUUCACUACAAGAGCACCACGCUGCCGAUCAAAGACAUGCCGGUGGAUUUGCGGCAGGGCAACGCGCAGGCAUUGGGUCACUCCAUUGCAUGGGUCACGCUUACUGGCUCCCUGCUGGCGCUCAUCGUCUUCAGUUUCUUGCACCUGACCUAUCCGAAGGACCUCCGGAUCUCUCGUCGGAUCGAGGCUGACUCUUUGCCGGCUGUUGAGGACGGCGACUCCUCCUCGGACGCUGUGGAUGAGGAGGGCGGCCUCGCAAGCCAGCCGACUCAGCCGACAAAGAUGGCGAAGAAGGUCUCCUUUGAUCUCGGUGCACAGAGACGGAGCUCGUGUGCUGGCUGA